AUGUCUUCCAAGAACUCGACGUCAUCCAAUUUCAGACAGACCAACACCCCCUCUCCGUCCCCUUCUGCUGCCACUCCACCUACGCCCGCCCACGCGCCAUCGAAGCUCCCCAAGUUUUUGCAGACGAAAGCGAAUCGGGAUAGGAGUCGGAGUGUGACGGAUGGGUUUGUAGGUGGCAGUCCAGUCAGUACGAGUGGGAGCAUAGGAGGCAGUGGGAGUGGGAGUGGGGGUAUGAGUGCCAGUGCCAGUGGUAGUGGAGGGAGCGGAAUGAGCGGGGGGUCGGCUUCGCCUGAGCCAUAUUCGUACCAGGAGCAGGUGCACGGAAAGGGAGGAGUCCCUCCGACUCCAGCGAAACCGCGCAAGUCGAGCAAAUUUUUGGUUAUCGGGCGGGAUAAGGAAAAGGAGAGGGAAAGAGAAAAAGAAAGGAGGGCAUCAUUGUCUCCCGAAAUCAACGCCAGCAAUAGCAGGAACGCAUCGAUGGACAUGGAUAUGGAUGAGCCGCCGGUCAUCGUCGAGCCUGAGCGCGAGUCCCCGUUUAUGCCUGCACAGAUGCCAGUGAACAUACCCAUUCCACGACCGCGCACGCGCUCUGAGCGGCCUGCGGCUGGCGAUGGGUCGUAUCCUGCUAGUGCACCUGCGCUCUAUGCCUCCACGUCGGGAUCGGGAGGGGCAGGGCACUCGCGUAUAGGGGAUAUCCUCCCGACACGGCUGUCGGGGUGGUUCCAACAGCUCACAACGAGCGCGUCGGCGUCCUCUACGACUGAUCUAUCUUUGCCGACUCUGCUCGCGCAGCACCAUCACGCUUCACAGUCGUCACAUUCAUCAUAUCACUCCACACCCCUUUCCUCCACCGCCAAUUCUCCCAGUAGUACAAGCAUGAAUUCUCCGAGGAGGAGCGGCGCCGCUGCGCUGCUUACUGCCGCCAAGCAUGGCAAGGGUCACCUCGACAAGGCGAUGCGGUAUUUGUUGGACAGUGAUGCGGUGCCGGAUCGGUGCGCAGAGCCAAUUUGGCUGCUGGGGGUGCAACACCGCGGUUGGGAGGAGCCGCCAGUGGAAGUACAGGGACAGGGUAUUGCGAGCGGGUAUGCCAGCGGUAGGGAGGGGUCUGGGCACGGCAAGACAAAAGAAGGGAAACAUGGUAAGGAUAAAGAUAAAGAGAGAAGGAGUGGUACGCCUGCGUCCUUCCGUUCCUCGACGUCGUCCAUCCAUUCUUCACACUCUCAUGCCCCAGAUCUCUCGUUAUCCCACUCCACGUCUGGAAAACACGGGAGCAGCAACCCAUCCAAAGACCCUUCGGCGAACUGGCCGCCUGCGUUUUACAUCGACUUUACAUCCCGUAUUUGGUUGACGUACCGCUCCCAUUUCGGGGUUGCGAUCCGCGAUGGACGGCUGGGUGACCUGCCGCUCUGUUCACCGCCACCUCUGCAUGCUACUGCUGGGUACCACGGAGGUGCUAGUACACAGAGUUUCAGUUUAGGUUCCGGAGGAGGUGGUAAUGGGAGCGGGAACGGUGGACAAGGAGCAGGCGGGUCCGCAGCGAAUAGUCCAGCGACGACCGCGUUCCGCUCCCGCCCGUGGAACUGGGUCACGGGUGGUGGCGAGAAGACGUGGAGCAGCGACUCGGGUUGGGGUUGCAUGCUCCGCACGGGGCAGAGUGUGCUUGCGAAUGCGCUGGUUGUUGUGCAUCUUGGCAGAGACUGGCGCAGACCACCACAUCCAGUUCUCACUGCUGACUACGCAACCUAUGUGCAGAUCCUUACCUGGUUCCUUGAUACUCCCUCCCCGCUUGCGCCCUUCAGCGUGCACCGCAUGGCGCUCGCAGGUAAAGAGCUUGGCACCGACGUUGGACAGUGGUUCGGGCCCAGUGUCGCUGCGGGUGCAAUCAAGCAGCUUGUUGCUAGUUUCCCGGAGUGUGGUCUGGCAGUUGCUGUUGCGACAGACGGGACUCUGUACCAGACGCAGGUGUUUGCGGCGUCGCAUUUCGGUGGCGUGGAAGGGGAAGCUGGGAGAGGAAAUUCACGGACGCCGCGAAGGAGGCAUGCGACGACGUGGGGUGAGAGGCCGGUGCUACUCUUGUUGGGAAUAAGGUUGGGCAUUGAGGGUGUUAAUCCAAUUUAUUAUGAGAGUAUCAAGAUGUUGUACACUUUCCCGCAAUCUGUGGGUAUUGCAGGCGGCCGUCCGAGUUCGUCAUACUAUUUUGUAGGAUCGCAGGCGGACAACCUGUUUUAUCUCGACCCACAUAAUCCACGGCCUGCCAUUCCACUGCGCCCACCUCCACCACCAGAUACCCAGCAUAUUGAUCGACAGCCGACGCCCGACUCGGAUCGCGAUGCCAGCACGUCGAACACCAAGACAAAGAGGUCAUCAACCCCCAGCAGCUCCUCGCACCCGACAUACCAGCCCCAGCCACAACAGCAGCAGACGCCAUACCGAACGCCCACACCCGCAUCUCCUUCCUCUGUGCGCACGGGCUCGUCUAACUUUUCAUACCACGCGCCAGUGUCCCCGUCCCCUUUGCAGCACCAAUUCUCGUCGUCGUCUGCAGAUACGGGUACGGUGGAAUCGGAGGGAUCGUCUUCGGUCUAUACCGAUUCGCAUUCAUACUCGUAUUCGAAUACUGGUCAUCAGCAACAGGGACAGUACAGAGAGCGCAGCCCACCGCCUUCGUAUCAGCAACACAGUCAGCAUGGAAGAUGGAGGUCUGCGAGUGCCAGUGCAGGCGUGAGUCAGCCGUCAUCACCGGCGAUGGGCAACGCGGAGCAUCAGCAGCAUCACAGAAGCUUUGCAGCUGGUACAGCGAGUCGAAGCCAGUCCGUCUCUGCGUCCACCUCUGCCUCGACGUCCACAGGCGAAGGCGCCGGCUUGGGGAAUAAUGUUGGAGGUGGGUUGGACCGUGUGCAGCAGCAUUAUUGUUUGUCGUAUAGUGCUGCUGAGCUGAAGACGUUCCAUUGCGAGCGAGUGCGCAAGAUGCCGAUGAGUGGUCUGGAUCCAAGCAUGUUGAUUGGGUUCUUGUGUCGCGAUGAGGCAGAGUGGUGGGAUUUCAAGAGGAGGGUUGCAGAGCUUCCGAGAACGAUAUUCUCGUUACAAGACGAACCCCCGACCUGGCCCUCUGACUCGGAUGAUAAUAUGGGCUUGGAGUCCAUCUCCGAGCCGGACGAUGUCGACCUCUUGGACGACAACGAUAACGAUGACGUCCACGACGACAAUGACAUCAACGAAGAUGAGGAAGAAGAUGGCGUGGAAAUUCUGCGUGGCAAGGAGAGUGAGAGCGACUCGAGCGAGAGGUUCUUCGAUACCUAUUCAUCGGCACGCGACCGUCGGCGCACAGCUGGCGAUGCGGAAGGUGAGGAGAUUGAUACUGAAGAAGACCCGGUGGACCCUGUUACUCCUGGUCCGAACUCGCGCUUUGACAUUAUCAACAUCGAGAGACCUGCGAGGCUGAAAGGCAAGGGUAAAUCAGAUAAUGGUCCUGGAAGGGAGAGGGCAGAGGAUGACGACGAAAUUGUAUUCCGCCCUGAGGGCGCGGGUGCUACUUCGUUCCGCGAAGAAGACGAAGAGGAGGAAGGGGUAGAUGAACCGCGCGAUGGCGAGGAAGAAGCAGAGGAAGUGGAAGGCGACGACAUCGAAGAUGACUGGAUAGACCCGUCGUUGCCUACGCCGACGGGCCCGCCGUCGAUACGCGUGCCUGCACCUGUUACUCCAGCGUCGACCAAAGACAAGGCGAAGGCGAAGGAGCCCUCGCCGUCCCCACCGUCCUCGUCGAACGUGCCUCCGCUUGCCAAGGGUAAGUCGUCGUCGUCGUCGUCGGGAGGCAAGUCGGAGAAGACGAAGACAAAGAAGACAAAGACGGGAAAACAGGUACCUGUGCCUGUGCCGUCUGUUCGUAUUCCUCAUCACCAACCAUCCUCGUACCCUUACCCCCAGCAGCAGCAGCAGGAACACUAUCCGUUCCCCGUGACGAACGCGGAUCAUGAACAUGAUCACGAUCCGGCCAUGUCUUCCGCUUCUGCAUCAUCGUCUUCCUACCCUGACCACCACCAGUACCCCAAUGAUCGCUCAAGGAACGUGUCCACGAAAGGUGGGAAGCGCAUGCACACUGCGCGUGCGAGAGACGGCGGUAGGACGCAAAGUGGGGGCGUCAAGGGUAUCUUGACGGAUUGA